UGUCUGAUCAGCGACCAUACAAAUUCGGGGUUGACCCACCACGCCUUAGCGUUAGCUGUCGCUUUUAUCUGUUCUGUUGGUUAUAAUACUAUGAUCAGGGCUUAGUCUUAGUACGCCUGCAUUUGCGGGGCCAUCAUGAGUAGCGCAAGUCGAAGCCCACUUGACCAGUUCUACAGGGACUGUUUGAGGGUCGGAUGCCUUAAGUGCUUCACCCAUUUCCAUCUUUACCUAAAAGGACGAGAGGAGCUUGUAGUUACGAUUUACACAGGUUCACAGGUCUCCCCGCGGACGUUGCCUAACUUCAGGGCCAUCAAGGGCAAUGGCGACCCGCUGCUGCCCGCCAGCCCCGCCAGCCACGAGCUGGACAUCCACAACCCCGACGUGACCGUGUUCCUCAUCGGGGCCUACGCCAAGUACAACUGGCCCUACGUCUGGCUGCGCUCCGUGACGCGGGGUCGCGCCAGUGAUGACAUCGAUGCGCCGCUGGACCUGCCCACGACCAAGAACUGGAAGAGCAUGGGUCUGCGCGUGUGGCACAUCCUGGAGGAGCUGGUCAACCUGAACAUGUUCCCGCCGCCCGCCAACCCCUUCGAGGUCAACUUCGAGGCGCUGCGGGAGAUGCCCGAGCUGGAGCGGGCGCUGCAGGCCGGCGCCCUGGCCUCCUUCCUUCGCGAGCUGCUCCUCAGCAGCAGCUGCCCUCACGCCGACCUGGUGCAGCAGGACUUCCAGGAGUGCGUCAGCACGCACUUCAGUACCAUGCCCAAGCUCGUGCCGCCCGCACCCGGGCCCUCCGCGGCGGCAGCGGCGGUGGGAGCCAUCGCGCAGCAGCAGCAGACACAACAGCAGCAGCAGCGGGAGCAUCGUCAAGAGCCGCAGCAACAGCGACAACAACAGCAGCAGCAGCAGUCGCAUCAACAACAGCAGCAGCACCGGCAACAGCAUCAAACGCAUACAGAGCAGCAGCAGCAGCAGUACCACCAGCAGCAGCAGGCAAUGAUGGCUAGGCAGCAGCAGCAACACCGUUAACCGUUAAGAGACUAGGAGCGGAGGAGGAGGAGGAGGAGGGGCGCGCGUGUGCCGUGCUGUAGCGUAGCGAAGGCUUUGGCGGGGUAAGGGAGCUAGGCAGCGAUGGUUGGAAGUGCAAAUGUGGGGUGGGAAAAAGCCGCGAGCGACGUGCUGGUGGGGGCGCUGUUCAUCAGGCUAGGGUGAUUGCCGAGCAAGCAGCAUGGCGACGUGCUGGUGGGGUGCUGGCACCCCGCUUGCUUGCCUGCAGGCCUAGCAGUAUUAAUGGGGUGCGGUCAGCAGGAAACAGCAGCCACUUGGCACGGUUCGGACUCCAGGAGGGACGUUCCCGAAUCAUGCAUGCAUGCUUCUUGGUUCUUUUGCACUUUGUUCACUCGGGGACAAGAGCGACUGGGUCGCGUUAUGUGCUGGGCCGAGGGGUUGGCCCUUGCUCAGCAGUGGGACCACUGGGGUCCGGGCGGGCGGCGACGUGCGAGCCAGGCAUGGCAUGGAUUCCCGAGUGGGGUAUGGCGGGUGCGGGAGCAGGCGUUGCUGGGGCGUGCUCCGCAAAAAGCAGACUGCAGCCUGCUGUUGGCAUGCAGAUUGACUGUGGACGGUGGCUCUUGGGGACUUGGCAAAGCGAAAGCUAAUGGUCGCAUCUCACUUUGCUUUAAAUGCGCAUUCAAGUGCAGAUAUCAAAAAAGCGCUUCGCUUCUCGGACACUAGCUCACUGCGUGCGACGCGGUGAGCACCCAUGUACGGAUGCCCGGUGUACUUGGUUCGCAGCGGUAUGUCACAUGGAGCUGUCGCGUCUCAUGCGCAGUUACUUGCCGUGGGCGUGUAUGAUGCGCUGCCGCUGGCCGGUAUCGUGUGCGCAUCUGGAGGCGUCAUGUAACACUGGUCGACU